CAGUGGAGAAAGACAGGAACGGAAUUCCCAGGGCUGUUCCCCCUCCAACCUCCACCCUCACCACGGCCCCCAGUGCGCAUGCCAGGGAGGAAGCUCCCUUGCUCAACCCCCUCCUCUUCCUGGCACCGAGUCCAGGGGGGAGGGAGUGAGUGAGACAGGCACUGGGGGGGUGGGGUGGAGAGCGCUAGCGAUCCCCUGCACCCUGACCCCCCACCCACGCACCCACCCAGUACCCACCGCGGGGGGGGAACGCUACCCUCGGCCCCCGGCAGGGGCGGGAGAACAAGUUGGAGCCUGCAGCAGCUGCUGGGGAGGGGGCAUCAUGAACCAAGGUGUAGGCUAGUGUGGCUGGAGAGUGGGCGUGAGCUCGAUGGACUAGGCACCCCCUGGACCCCAGAAGAGACUGCUGGACUAUGAGUGCCCAAAGGGAGCUUGCCCACCCUUAACGCCACCUGCCGCGAGGUUUGCAGCCAUGAGCAGGUGCCCAAGUGCUGAGGGAGCACAAUGAAUGGCGGCGAUGAUUGCUCUGGUGUGGAUCAAGGUGGGCGCCCAGCAGUCACACCUGUGCCCGUGGGCUGGCAGCGCAGGGUGGAGGAGGGCAGAGUGCGCUAUAUCAGUCCUAGCGGCACAAGCCUGGCUUCGCUGGAGCAGACGCGUGCAUACCUGCUGGCGGACGGCACUUGCAAGUGUGGCCUGGAGUGUCCCCUCAAUGUGCAUAAGGUGUUCAACUUCGACCCAGCAGCGAUGGUGACAGGGAGCGAAGGCACCAAGGGCGAAGAGGACAUGACCAAGCUGUGCAACCACCGACGGAAAAUUGUGGCCAUGGCCACGCUCUACCGCAGCAUGGAGAGCCACGGACCGCUGAGCCUGCCACACCUGGGACCAGGGCCUGGGCUGAUCCAGCCAUCUCACCCAACCACACCAGGGCCCAGCAGUCGCCCGCAGCAGGCUCUUCCCAGCAAAGCAUCUGCCACCUUGUCCAAGGGCCCAGAAGUCUAUCUGCAGUGCCCCUCUGAUCGCUAUGGCAACGCCUGGUCCAGCCAGAGCUCCUCCUUUCCCCGCCACCACAAUGCUCUCUUUGGGGACGUCUUCCCAGGCCGCCUGCCGGCCACCACCAACGGCAACACCCGUCCAUCCUUCGCGGCUGAACUGAGUGCUGCUGGAGGUUCCUUUCUGCCCAGCAAGGGCCUCCCAGAUGCAUCGUCCCGGCCCUACCCUUCCAGCGGCCUUCUCUUCCCCCCACCAGAUGAGGUAGCAUCCAGUCAGGAGGGCGGUCCCUGGAGCAUCCGCCCCAUGCCCCUGGGGUCACAGACUAGCACUACGGGGUCACCUGCCCCCACCACCCUCUCUUCUAUUUCAUCGCCGGCAGGCAGUGCUGAACCCUCUCCACAGCGCUCUCGGCACUCCUCAGCUUCCUCGGAGCAGGGCCUCUCUGGACACCGCCCGGCUCCCAAGCCCCCCGGGUUGGAUGCAGCAGCCCCGGUCAACGCCUUAACCAACCAAAGCAGCAAUAACCUGCCCUCAGUGCCCUUAGGAGUUGCCCCAGAAGGCAAAGGACCACCCAGCCUGCUGCUCCUUCAUCCGCAGGGCCCAGGCUCUUUCCCAGCCAGCAGUUUGUUGAGCGCAGCCGCCAAGGCCCAGCUGGCCAGCAGGGGGCGUCCAGAUGAGCUGGCUGCCAGCACUUUACCCAGCCGCUUGCUGCUGUCCGUGGUGGGUGGACGGGCACCUCGGCGCCAGCGCCGCUCUCCCACUGUCCUGCGCCUGCUCAAGGACUCCCAGUCAGGGCAGGCCGGGGUCACCCAUCCAGAGGAGACACCUAUAUGGCACGUUCGGCCUCGAGACCAGCCACCAGCAGGGGAGGCCAAGAAUGGACCCCCAAGCUCAGUAGCUCCAGUCCAGCCAUUUUCAUCCUUGCUCAACCUGCUUGGCCCUCCUGUGAGCUCCCUGGCCUCCCCCGGCCUCCCCCCACUGCCCUCCACCCCUGCUGGUGACAGCCCCAACCCUUUGCCCUCCUUCCAGGACUUCAACAGCCAGCUCCUCAGCCUCUUUGGGCAGCUGGCCUCGGCAUCUUCCGAACAGAUCUCAGGGAGCCCCCCGCAGCCAAAACCUCCCUCCUCCCCACUCGGAUCACAUGGCACCCCAGGUGCCAGUUCCACUUCACCUCUGACUCCCAAAGCCCCUCCAGAACCCAGCCCCGUAGCUGUCCCCACCAGUGCAAUGGAAGGCGGGGGCCUGGGCUGCCCGCUGUCCUCGGGCACUGAGCCUUUCCCCUUCCUGGCACAGGAGCAGGCGCUGUCAUUUGGGAACGCUCUACCUCCUGGACUCCUCCCACUGGGCUCCUUCCCUUUCUCGCUGACCCUGGGCCCAGAGACACCGCUGCCCCCUCUGAACCUGCAAGGGGACCCCGAGGGGCAGCCCUUGUUGCCUCUGGUGCUGCCCAGCCUGGAUUUGCUGCAACAGCCGAGUGGACUCCUGGCAUCGCUGUUGGGGCUGCCAGAGGCGACGUGCGAGGGGGAGAGGGAAGCAGCCACCACCGAGCCCCUGCUGGAGCCAUUUGCAGGCCUCCACGAAACUCUGCAGCCUCUGCUCUUCCCAGCACUUUCCACCCCUCCAGCUGUCCUAGCUUUAAACUCAGCACUGUUGGCGACCAGCCUGGGCCCUUCUGACACUGGGCCAGGCCCCACACAGCCUGGCCUGGUUAGCACUCCUGUGGCACCUACCUCCACUAGCACGACAUCAACGACUACUGAGGGCACCCCCAGCACCUCAGGGCGGCUGAAUCCCCUGAUGCCCCAGCUUGUAAACCCACUGCUGAGUACCACACUUCUGGGUGACCUGUCGGGGCUGAACGCAGGCUCUGGCCCCUCGCUGAUUGGAAGCCCCUUGCUCCAGGCCCAGCAGCCACUUCUGCCACCCAGCCUGCAAGGGCCUUUGGGACUCCAGCUUUUCCAAGGGCAGCUUCCCCUGCUAGCAGGCUCCAACCCGCUGGCCUGCUUCCUCCAGAGCUUGCAACUGAGCUCUGGCUUUGGUAUCCCAGAGAAGCCAGUGCUCCCAAGCGAAGCUCCAGCCCCAGCCUUGGCUAACGUGCCCCCAGGACCAGAGAUGGAGCCAGGCCACAACACUGUGUUGCUUCCUUGCACGGACACUGCCCCUACAAGUGCCUUAGAGCCGCCCAGAGCCCUCGAGUCAGCCAGGCAAGGACGGCAGGAGGCCCCACUUGGGCAGGAGGCCAGCAGCUCCCGCUCCCCGCUCAAGCGGCCCCGGCGCGGCACAGAAGAGCUGAAUGGGGACUCUGGCGGCAGCCUCCCACGGGGGCCAGGACGGGGCGGCAAGUCUGGACGGCGAGGGGGUUGGCGGGGCAGGGGCAGGCGGCACUUCAACGGCCAGCUUCCCGACUUGUGUGCAGGGCACCCAUCCCAUCCUGUCUGGCGCUGCAACGGGGAGAUGGUGGCAAGCAGUGCAGAAAGCCUAGCGGGCCCUUUUGCUGUUCAGGAGAUAAAGGGCCCUCCUGGAAGGCCACCAGCCCGACGAGGCCGGAGGAGGAAAAGCAGCGGUGCCCGGCCCAGCGCCCGACCUGAGACUACACGGAUCCGGGGUCCCAGUGCUGAUCCAGGGCCCAGCCCAUUGGUUGACUACACUGUUGCUCGGCGGCCCCGGCCUGGCCGACCUGUGAAAAACAGGAGGAGGAAACUGCCCACAUAGCACCGCCUGAACUGAGGGGGCCUCUCUCCACUCCUAAGCAAACAGAUCUUAGGAUGUCUCCAGCUUCUGUCUCUCCCCAACCCCCGCAACCACUUUUCAUCUCUGGGGCCCAGCCCCUGGGGGAGGGGAGGGGAGGAAAACACCAGCAAGAGGAUUGGUUGCUGCUGCUGCUGGACUCUUGACACCUUGGCCAUGAAUGUGUUGUAGCUUCACCAGUUGCCUGGCUUCUGAAUCUCCCAAGAGGGGGCCCCUGAAAGCACAAGGUGCAGCUCUGGUCUCAGCAUUUGUUUUGGGAUGUGGGGUGGGGGAAGAGGCUUUGCAGGAGAGCAAAAGGAGCACUUCUUGGAAGCCUUUUCCCCGCAAUUUGCUGAAGGGGAGUCCCUUGCCACAGUGUCAUACCUGCCCCUGCUCUUGUGUCCCCCCGCCCCCACCAGUGAGAUGUCAUACUUCCCCCCCUUUUGGUUGGGUCUCAACCUCAGCAGGAACAGCAAGGGCUGGGUACUCCAAGAAGGGAACACCGCUGCCCUUUCGCCUCCCCACCUUACCUCAGACCUGCAUGCACCAUGGCACCCGGGUGAGAAACCGGCUCAGGGUUUUAGUACGAGAAUCAGUCUCUUUCUUUCUCUGCCUCGCCAAAAACACGUACAUGCGCACAUACACACAAGCUCCUGGACCCAGUGCUAAAGGUACAAAGCAAUAAGGAAAAAUAAGCCACAUUUGUUAAGGGAGGGUUCACUCCUUUCCAACGCAGCCCCACCCCGCCCCGUGCCUCUGUUGAUACGCUGCUGAAAGAGAGUGGCAAUGAGGCCAAGCCUAUGUGGUGGGGGUUGGUUGGGCCAGUUCUUCUUCUUGGUUCUAGUCGGGGUCCUGGGACUGGUAGGGCUUUAAUUCCCUCCCCCUACACAAAACACCCUAUAACUACAUACUCUUUCUUCUCUUUUAUAGAAAUCCUCAAAAGACCACACAGGUCAUUGCCUGGGGAGGGGGUGGGUGGGCUGUGGAAAAGGUUACAGGAGAGGAAGAGUUUGUACUCAAAGUAUAAUUGACCCAACUUUGCCAGAGCAAGCCCCUUUCAUGUCCCUCCCCCAAACAUACACACUACAACCCUCGUCUCUGAAUGACCAAAAUGCUCCACAUGCUCCUCUCCCCCCUCCAAGUGUCUGGUUGCGAUUCUUGACACAUUAUGCAAAAGCACUGUGUAGAUACUGUACAGGUUGCGCUGUUUCCCCUCCCCCCGUGCACUUCAAACCAACCAACCAACUUCGGCCUUUGUUUUGUAUAAAGAAAAAAAAAAGGAAUGGGGGGAAAAACUAUUUUCCUUUUUUGAGCUUAAAUUUUGUUUUGUAAAAAAAAAAACAAUUACACAAUUGUGAAUUGUAGCUUUUCUAUGGGAGCGACUUUUAAUUUAACAGAUGAAAAUAUUUUGAAGCCUAGAUUGAAGUUACUGUUUCUUUAUUGUUUAUUUUUUGGGGGUGUGUGUUUUGUAUCAAGU